UCGCCUGCGAGACGAGAGGAUGAGCCCCGCCAGCUUGAUCUCCGCGCUCUUGUGCUGCUCGGCCGCGACGAUUCUCUUGCUGAAAUGGCGGCGACGGAGGAGGCUACAGAGGAAGGUCGAAGCGGCGCAGCGGAGGCGAGAGAGCGCCUUCCAGCAGAUGGGCAAAGCGGUCCGCAGGUUCAAAGAACAGAAUCCAAGUCACCAACCAACACCCAUCUUGUCUUUGGCUCUACCUGCGCUUUGUGAGAAACUUAAGGAUGGCUCACUCUCACCUGAGACUGUCUUCUAUACUUACAUGGACAAGGCCCUGAAAGUGACUAGGGAUAUCAACUGUCUGACUGAUUAUCUGGAAGAUAGUGAAUCCCAGCUUCUGCAUGUGAAAAAUCAGGAGAAGAAAGGUUUGCUCUAUGGGGUUCCUGUCAGCAUCAAGGACUCCAUUGAGUGCAAGAGUCAUGACUCCACAUUGGGCCUGGUGAAGUAUCUCAACCAGCCAGCAGCAGCAGAUGCAGUUGUAGUCCAGGUCUUGAAACAUCAAGGAGCAAUUCCAUUUGCAAAAACCAAUGUUCCCCAGUCUUUGCUGAGUUUUGACUGCAACAAUACUAUCUUUGGCCAGACAGUGCAUCCUAUGGAUCACACCAAAACUCCAGGUGGUUCUUCAGGAGGGGAAGGUGCUCUUAUUAAAAGUGGCGGAUCCAUUCUGGGCAUUGGCACGGAUGUAGCAGGCAGCAUUCGUAUACCGGCUGGUUUCUGUGGAAUUUGUGGAUUCAAACCCACAGGCAACAGGAUUAGCAAAAAAGGAAUUAUACCAAGCAUCCGUGGGCAGAAAUCAGUUGCUGCAGGCAUAGGUCCAAUGGCAAGGGAUGUUGAGAGCCUGGCUCUUUGCCUAAGGGCCCUCUUGUGUGAUGAAAUGUUCCGGCUGGAUCCCACGGUGCCUCCCCUUCCUUUCAAUGAGCAGGUGUACUCUGGUUUUCGUCCCCUCCGGAUUGGAUACUAUGUCACCGAUGUCAUCAUUGCGGCAAACCCUUCCAUGAAACGAGCUGUACUGGAAACAAAGCAGCUUCUGGAAAAGGCUGGACACACGCUUGUUCCCUUCAAGCCCAUUCGCACGGAAUAUUUUUUCUAUAACGUUUCGAUAGCUGGGUUUUUUGCUGACGGCGGUGCCACCUUUCUGGAAGGCCUCAAAGAGGAACCUUGGACUCCUAGAAUAAAGGAUUUGCUGCUCUUCACAAAAGCACCUAAUUGGCUACGAAGCCUCUUCUCCUGGAUCCUCAGACCAAUAAGUCCUCGUAUAGCAAAAGUUUUGGGAGGCAUGAAAAAGAGGUCUGUGCAAGAGCUUUGGAAAAUACAAACUGAAAUUGUGGAAUACUGCCAGGAAUUCAUUGCUGAAUGGAGGAGACUAGAUCUGGAUGUGAUGCUUUGUCCUGCACUGGGUCCGGCUUAUAAGAUUGGAUUUCCUGAGAAAUGUUCAGUGGGAUCUUUUUACACUCUCUUGUAUAACUAUUUGGACUUCCCUGCUGGAGUGCUACCUGUUACGACGGUAAUGAAGGAGGAUGAGGAGGAACUCAAAACUCUCAGAGGGCACUAUAACGAUAUGUGGGACAAGUUCUCUGUGAAGGCAGUGGAAGGGGCCGUGGGACUCCCCGUUUCUGUCCAGUGUGUGGCUUUGCCGUGGCAGGAGGAGCUGUGCCUCCGGUUCAUGAAGGAAGUGGAGAAGCUGACCUUGGAAAAAGCAAGAAUUCCCUGAAUGGGAUAUUGAAGAAAGCUGAAUCAUGGGAAGCUGCCACUGGGGCCUGGCAGGCCCAUAUGCCCAUCAUGGACAUCUGUUUUGAUUAAAUAACUGAAGUAGUUUUGUGUCUGGAAGUGACUUUUUUCAUUUAUUGUAUUUCUUACCCACCUUUCAAGACUGCAGUCUUCCUUAUGGCAGCUUACAAUAUAAAACAUGCAAUUCAGUAUUGAUAUAACUCUCCCGGUGGUUCCCUCUUUUGCAAACAGAACAUUUCAGAGCCAGCUGUUUGUCCAAACUGAGGCCACUUCCCCUAAGAAAUGCUUUUAUUGAACUCAGAUUCCAAGAGAUGCCAACCGCAGUUCUGGAUGGACUCUUCCACAAGGUGCCAUUUGAAUGCAGACUAUGCAGCUGUGGCCAACAUCAAGUGGAAGACAUUGUCCACUGCAUGUUAAUUUGCCCUCUGUAUAGGGACCAAAGAGAGAGAUUCCUGAAACCCUUGUUAACACAUGGAUAUAGGAAUGCCCUUGCAGAAACAGUUAUUUUUCUUCUGAGUUACAGUAUGUGACACAUAAAGUGGCUUUCUUUGCACUGGCAGCAAAAAAGAUAAGGAAGAGAGAACUAGACAAA